AAAUAAGGCGGGUACUAAAUUUCACUCCCACCCUUUAUUUUCAUUUCCCCCCAUUUAUUUUUCUUUUGGUGUUUAUUAGUUUUCUCUUUCAAGAAAAGCUCUUUCCACCCAAGAACUUCACCCAAAAUUCGUACUCCACCAAAAAUUCAUUCGAUUGCUUCAUGAAAAUUCAACUGAUUCACCGUGCAUAGCUUCGAAUAGUAGCGAAAAAUUGUAGAAUCACUUCUUCCAGGAGACCAUGAAAAGAAAACGCAAGAAUUCAGCUCAAGCACUGUUGGAAAGUCUAAGAGGACAGCAAGCUGAUAAUAAUAGCUCAACUUCUCAAAAUCUGCAGCAACAAAUUAGUCGUGAUCAACUUGAUGCCCAAUAUGAGAAUGAGAACAUAGAAACCCCUACACUCGGUGAUGACAACUUAAAUUCUUCUUCAAGCUCUAAUGAAGCUAACUCACAGCAGAAAGAGAAAGAGGAGCCCUUACUUGUCAAUAUCAGAGAUAUUUCGACUGGAGAAAUUACAACUCAAAAGAUGCAAGCAGAUCGAGUUUGGAACUUGGAAAAAAAUAAAAAAAUUAUGGUGGAACUCAACGGGGAUGGACAAGGAAGUGAUAAUGGUUCAAACUUGCUUGUUAGAUUUCUUGGCAAACUUUCUCAAAAGUCAAUAAUUUGUCCAAUAUCAGUUGAGAGAUGGGAUAGAAUGCCAGACGCAAAAAAUCGCCUACAGUGGCAGCUUAUUGAGGAGAAUUUUGAGUUUGAUUAUGCUGUUGGAAUUAAAUGGGUGAUGCAUACUUUACGCGAUAGAUGGAGGGCCUAUAAAUAUACAUUAAGAAAUAAAACCUUCUACCCUAACAAAAGUAAGGAAGAGAUACUUGCUAAUCCUCCGGAAUACGUGGAUUCUAUUGAGUGGGCUGCUUUUGUGCAUCACUAUCAAGAAGAGAAGAUGAAGAAACAAAGUGAACAAAAUACAAGAAAUCGAAGUAAACUUAAAGUCCCGCAUGCCGGUGGUAGCAAAAGCAAUGCAAGGAGAGGUCGUCAAAUGGAGAAAAAACAUGGAAGGCCUGUGUGCCGAAGUGAGGUUAUUUUGUCAACUUUACUGAAAAAGAAUGGCAAUUAUGUGAAUGAAGAAGGGAAGAUUAUAGCUGAUAAAAUAUCGGAGCAUCUAUCUCAAGAUCAAGAACAUGCUGCUAGGGCUGUUCACAGUUUUGGUGUUCCGUUGAAGAUAUUGGCUCAUCCUAAUGAUGCUAUUGGAAAAGUAUAUGGAGCUGAACAUUCUGGUCGUGUGCGUGGUUUAGGUGGUAAUAUUUGCCCCUCGACUGCUUUUGGAAUGCCUAAACAUUCAAUUAGUCAUGUGAAUCUUGGUGGUUCUAGUAAUAUGUCUCAUCUACGUGUUGAAGACCUAGAGAAGCAUGUAGGAACCUUGAAAGAGAAGCUCAUUGGAUAUGAAGAGACCAAAGAAAAACUUGAGGAUACCAAGGAACAACUUGUGGAGACCAAGGAACGGCUUGCGCAAAAUGAGAAUCACUUGGCAACUCUUCAUAGGAAACAUUGGAAUGUCUCACUGUCCACCGGUAAACAGAAAAGACUAAAAUAUGGCUGGAGAAAGGUUGUAGGCGAUAAUAAAAUUGUGGAAAGAGAUCAUCUUGUUUUUAAGAUGUUACCUCCUUUAAAUAAACUUGUGAGGUUUGAAAUUGUAGUCCGCGUUGCGGGCUUCCAUGAGCUUCUGUUCAAGAACCAUAGUGAUGAAGGAACUUCAUCAAAAAAGAUGGAGGUGAGUAAGUGCAGUGCUUGGAGUAGAAAGUUGAAGAGAAGACAACAAAAUUAA